ACAGCAGAAUUGAAGUCGAUUAAAACGAAGCUUGGAAAAAAACAAAAGCAGAACAGAACCUUGCCACACUGGACGAGGCUACGGACAGGGAACAAAAUAAGUGGGUGUUGGUGGCUACGAACACAGUAUUUAUUGUUUAUUGUUUGUCCCUAA